CUCUUCAUCAUCUUUUAUCAUUCAGAACCUCCAGUACUCCAAUUUGUCCUUUUCUAUUGGGUCUAUAUCGCUUGCCCAUUGUCACACCAUUUAAAUAAAUUUUCAUGCUCACCCCCAGCUUCACCGACUUCGUCCUUAUUCGUUAUUCUCCCACUUCAUCCUGAUUCCUCCAUCCUUUUACCCUCAAUUCAAUCAUUCUUCUCACCCAAAUCCCACCCAUCCACCUAUAGACGCAAUGCAGAGUGGUGGUUGGCCGAACUGACUGACUGCCUUUCUACCUCCCAACCUCAAACCGCACGUGAGUUGACAGCACGGGCAAUCCUUAUCUGGAUUGCUAAUUGUCCUCAUAGAACUACAGAUACACAGUGUGGGACGCAUAAAAUGCCACAGAUAACUGAGCGAUUGGAGCCCGCCCAACGUAUCAGCCUGCUCAAUUUGCUCUGCUUUCAUUUGGCCGAUGAGUCGCCUUCUAUUCGAUAUGACCUUGGGCAUUUCAUCAGCUUCUGUCUUCGCUUGUUUGGCCAUUGGCCUGGUCCACAAGUCCCCGUCACACAUGUGCUAGCCUAUCACCUUUUGAUUGGGGAGUUGGCGCCUGUUUGGCUGGAUGAAGCAGUAGAUAGUAGAAAUUCUUUUGCUCAAUGGCUAUGCAGCUUUUGGCUUCUCCUAAUUAGCCAACUAUCGCAAUGUAUUCUUUCAGCCGCCAGAAUGCGUAAUAAGUGA